AUUUUACAAAAAACUCACUCAACCCUUCUACCAUUCAUUAUUAAUUAAUGUAAAAUUUACAUCUUCCCACCUCACAACUCUAUUAUGAAAUUUGUGCACUCUCUAGAAAUAAGCGAAUUACUGAUCUUGAAAGAAGAGCACUUAAAAAAGUAAUCACUUCUCAUAUUACAAAGCUUGUCAUUCUAGAUGACAAAUACAUUUUUGAACUUAUCGAUGAAUACAACCAAAAAAAAAUUACUGAAACUAAGCUACAAGAUUAACUUAUUCUUCUAUCAAAAGAUGUUGAUAUGAAAUGUAAACUAUUUAACAAAUGCAUAGCUGAUACUAAUGAUGAAUGCUAAUAAAUUCUUGAUUACUAAUUCAACCAUGCUGAGGCUAAAAAGGUUAUUGAUUUCAUCGAGCAAAAUCCAUAAAUCCCAGAAGAAAUAGCUUCUCCCUUAGGUGCCUAAUUAUGGAAAAAAAGAAGAGCUGAAAGAUAAAGCAGAAAAGGAAAGUGACAGUUUAAAUAUUAUGC